GUGACAGCGGAGCGACAGCCUUGACCUGCAAAUCGCCCUCAAACCAUCACGUUGUGCUGCAGCCUUGUCACGCCAGGAUCCGGUCAAAACACAGCCUCGAAAUUCCUGACCAAUGGCGCAACUCAAGGGCUCCGGCAUCCUUACACCAGCUGCUUCAAUCUCACAAUAUAUCUGCAUUUGCUGGACGUCUUACGCCGCGCGUUUGAUGAGGAUAAGUCUAUUCUGGGCAAGGCUAAGGUCCAAGGAACCACAGGUCUGCCAAAAUUCGGACGUUCCUGUUUCUGUUCAAUCAUGACUUUGCCAGUCACAGCAAAAUAACGGGCAGAGAGCGUGGUGAAGAGAAGGAGUUUGACGCGUUUGCAGGUUGCAUGCGGAAGAUGGCCGGGAACUAUAACUACGACCAAUUGGCGACCGUUCACGAAACCCAAGACAUAGCCAACGCAAACAAGGCAUUCAACAACAUAAGCCCGAUCCUUCCACCAUGGACUUCUUUGGACGAGAAGCCUGGAUUCGUUAGUGUCAAUAGCUUCGAUACCUUCGAUUCAACGAAUUCCUCUACGAGCAGCUUCGAGAAGCUCAAGAAAUUGGGCCAUCGCAUUCGCAGAAAACCUUUGCCCCGGUACCUACGAGGUUCCAUGCGAGUGCAUCCUGCUACAGAGAUCGAGUCGAGGCGUGUUAGCAAGGGCGGAAUGGCUGCUCUCAUGACACUUUUUGCCAUAGGUAUGAUCAUUGUGAUCCCUUAUGUCACGUACACCAACACAGCAAUGCUACUCUUGAUCAAUAUAUGCGCAAUCAUGAUCUUGGGCAUGAGCAACAUGUAUCAGCAGUUGGUCACACCCAUCAAGAUUACAUACCUGAAGCACGUGCUCUCCAAGUUUGACGAUUCACGGUUUGGGACCAAUUCUCCGAAGCAGUCCUGGGCAGCGUGGGCUUUUCUCGUGCUGACGUCUAUGCCGGUGCAUUUUCUUGGUAGGUGUCUCCUUGGACACAAUGAGCAAAUUCUCCCGAACGAGGUGCUGUUCCAUGAUGUUGCCAAUAUGGCCGCCAUGUAUUAUGGCACGAGCAGCAACUACUACAGUCAGAGAUCGCUCAAUGAAUAUGCAUCGUUCGUGUGUUGGUCUGCCCUCAGGACGGGCCAGCCCCACUUCCCAGGAAACACACAUGUCCUCGAGGCAGGGCAAGACACGUACAGUGCGGAUUCGAGCGAUUUUGGCAAAGCAUGGAAUACGAUCCAGGCGCACUAUGAUAGGAACUGCACCAACUACGUCAAGACUGUGACCGAUGUUGCAGCAUUGGAAAAACUCCCAUGUCUACGAUCGGAAUUACUCGAGCCGUUUGGUCUACAGAGAUGGGAAAAGGGUAUCUAUUGUACUCUGCACGACGAGGAGCCUGCUGAAUGCCGACUGAAUGUCCGCAUGGGCACUGCUUUCAUCCUUGCUGCUUGUCUGGUUCUGAAAGCAGCUUACAUGCUAUCUGUCAACCUGCUGGCAUGA